AUGACCUCGAGCGGCGAGAUCGGCUUCUUGAACGUCUCGAUCCGGAACGUGCUUUCUGUGGCAGAAAUAACUUCUUCAAGUUCUAUUGAGAAACUGAGUGAAGCGGGCGAGUUGUCCGGUGUAGAAGAUGCCAUAAUGUCGGCGAGCUUUCCUGUCCCGGCUCCUGGUCCCUUUAAUGCGCAGUCACCGGUCUUUCCUCAAGGUUUUGCCUUUCCAGCCGAUGCUUACCAACAGGGAUUCAAUACACCUUCUAACCCUUAUCCAUCUUCAAAUGGUGCUAUUCCUACGAAUCCAAUGUUUGACGCAAAGCAAAUGAACGGGUACGGAUAUGUUGGAGGACCAGGGCCGAUGGGCGGUGUUCCCCUCAUGUCCCCUACGGCCAAUGUUCCACCUCCGUUUGGUGCACAUCCGAUGCGACAAUUUCAUCAACCUGGCAUGCCAAAACCCUGUGCCAUGCGACCACGAAUGCUACAACAUAUGGGUGGUAUGAUGCCGAUGAAUGGUCAGAUGAUGCCAAAUCAGCAGCAACCUCCGACUCCUGUAAAUCAUCAGAUGCAGCAACCAUCGACUCCUGUGAAUCAUCAGAUG